AUGGCGUUUAAGUUGUCGUUACUAAUCGUUGCUUCAUUUCAAAUUGUCACAAUACAUUCGGUACAGUUUGUAAUACAAAACAAUAUUCCAGGACCAAUCGAGGUCGGAAUUCAAGGCAAUGCCGGUCAUCCUCACCUUCACAAUGGAGGCUUUCCUUUAAAUCCCGGACAAGAGAUCACCAUAGACGCACCGAACGAGUGGGCCGGAAGGUUUUGGGCGAAGACGUGGUGCGUUAACGGACAUUGCCAAACUGGCGAUUGUGGAGGUAGGGUGGAAUGUGCGGGUGCAGGUGGUGUUCCUCCGGUAACUUUAGUCGAAAUUACCCUGCGCGGAGCAGGAAAUCAAGAUUUUUACGACGUUUCCCUAGUCGACGGUUUCAAUGUCCUAGCCUCGAUUACACCUGAGAACGGUCAAGGCAAAUGUGAAAGCGUGUGGUGCAGCUUUAACCUUAAUCAGGGAUGUCCUAACGAUUUGAAGAAGAUCGGAGGUAACGGAAAUGACGUAGUUGGUUGCUAUUCUUCCUGUUUGAAGUACAACACCGAUCAGUUCUGCUGCCGAGGAACUUUUAACAAUCCACAAACGUGCAAACCCGAAAAUAUGCCUCAACCGAACUCGGCCGGUUAUUUCAAGCAUUUUUGUCCACGAUACUACAGCUACGCCUACGAUGACCCUACGAGUACGUUUACAUGCUUAGCGAACCGCUACAGGAUAUCAUUUCAUUAGUGUCUGAUUUGAAUA